AUGGAGAAAGAACAAGAGACUCCAGAAUCCAGGAGUGCAGUUUCUUCUCUCUCAAUUGAAGACUCUACAGCUCCUUCUCCACCGACCGGGGUUAAACAGCUUGUGGAUUCUAGAGAGGCUGAAGGACAGUGGGUGUUUAGAAGGCGGCGAUCUAUUCUCUUCCCAAAUGGAGUAAAAGUUUGCCCAAAUGACAGUGUUACAGAGGCUGUGGCAAGCCAUGUGAAGUAUUUUAAAAUCCGAGUGUGCCAGGAAGCUGUCUGGGAAGCCUUUAGGACUUUUUGGGAUCGACUUCCUGGGCGUGAAGAAUAUAAUUACUGGAUGACUUUGUGUGAAGAUGGAACCACAAGUAUAUUUGAAAUGGGCACAAAUUUUAGUCAGUCUAGUGAACAUAGGAACUUAAUCAUGAAGAAACUGACUUACACAAAGGAAACUGUUAGCAGUUCCUGCCAGGACCAGGUUUGUGGGCCUGAAUUGUCAUCUCCAAUUCCUGUGGAUGAUGCUUCAACACUGGGAGGUUCCACUUUCAGUGCUCCAUAUCCAGGGGUGGCCUCCUCCCAUGAAGAUGUCUUAGAUAGGAGUUUGGAGUCACCAAAGGAGAGUAUUAGCAAUGAAAUUGAGAAUGUGACAGAAGAACCUGAAGGACCAGCAGCUGAACAGAUGGCGGAGUUCAGCAUCAAGCUCUUGGGGAAGCAGUACCGUGAAGAGCUGCGGGACCCCAGCAGCGCUCACUACCAGCACCUUGAACAGGAGUUUAUUUCAGAGGUUGAGAAUGCAUUUACUGGGCUGCCAGGAUACAGGAAUAUUCAUGUUCUUGAAUUUAGGUCUCCUAAGGAAAAUGUCAGUGGUAUAGAUGUUCUCUAUGCAGUCACCUUCAAUGGUGAGGCCAUCAGUAAUACCACUUGGGAUCUAAUUAGCCUUCACUCCAACAAGGUGGAAAACCAUGGCCUUGUAGAACUGGAUGAUAAGCCUACUGCUGCUUAUACAAUUAGUAACUUUAGAGACUACAUUGCUGACACACUUCACCAGAAUUUGAUGAUGGGGAAUUCUUCCUUGAAUCCAGAUCCUGAGUCUCUUCAGCUUAUCAAUGUGAAAGAAGUUAUGCUUCCCCAAACUAAAGACCUGGUUGAGGACACCCAUAGUUCAACUCUUCAGACACAAUUUGGUAUUCAGGAUAAUACCCUUCCAACUGAAUGGCCCUCAGCAGAUGAGCCUACCACCAGCAGUAUUUCACCACUUGAUUUCAGCUCUGGUCCUCCCUCAACCACUGGCAGGGAAUUCUGGUCAGAAAGUGCUCUAGGUGAUUUAGUAUCUGCACCUAAAUUAGCAUCUCCCACGAAGGUGGUCCUCAGUCCUUCUCUAGGGGUUUUAGAGGGCAGCAGCUUGACUCUUCAUUCUGUCACCCCAGCAGUGCUUCACACUGGCUGGCCUGUGGCUUCUGAGGAGAGGACUUCUGGAUCUCAUGGAUUAGAAGAUGAGUUAGUCAACGUUGAAGACUUAGAAGAUGUUCUUCCUGUUGUUCCAUUGCCUUCAAGUUCACCCAUUCAACCUGCGCCAAAAGAGGCAGUGUCUAUGGAAGACCUCAGCAUUCCCCUUGUGGCCUCCUCAUCUUCCCUGACCUCUUCUGUUACAACAGAUCUUGCUAAAGAUAAAACUGUACCUUUUGGCUUAGACCACUUUGCCUCCAAAGUCACAGGUCAAUUAGAAGUAAACCCUUUGUUUCCAGAUUCAUCUGUGGAAAACGAGUUUAUAUUUGAAAGUGGGUUAGGUUCAGGGUCUGGACAAAAGGCAGAUCUGAUUACUUGGCCAUGGAGUGAGACUUCCUUAGAGAAGAGCACUAACCCUCCAUCAAAGUCAUGGCUUGAAAGCGAGGAUUCACUCUUGCCAACUAUGGGUAUACAUGAGAAAGUACUUGCAGAUGAUAAAGUGGAUUCCACAGAUCAAAUUAGUGAGUAUGAAAAACACAAGCAUGAUGAUAGACUUACAAACGUUGUGGAGGAACAGUUCCUUGGUGGACCUACUAUGUCUAUCUUUGCAGACUCUGAAGCUCUGUCUGCAUCUCUGAGUUUUUCUAAGCACACACCAGAGGUGCCUGACCUUGAUUAUUACUCAGUUACCAAAGCACCUCUCUUUCUGGCAGCUACAGCAAUCUCCGAUUCUACUGAGAAAACAGACCAAGUGAAUGCCUUCCUAAAGGAGGAUACAGAACAAACAACAGAGUCAGCCAGCCAUGAAUGGCUUGACAGGAAGGCCUCAGUGGUGAAGCCAGAUAUGCAGCCUGUAUGGACUAUAUUGCCAGAAUCAGAUAGAGUUUGGGCAAGAACUUCUUCCCUAGGGAAAUUAUCCAGAGACACAUUGGCAAGUACACCAGAGAGUACUGACAGACUCUGGUUGAAAGCUUCCAUGACACAGUCUACUGAAUUGCCUCCAACUACCAGGUCCACCCUGUUAGAGGAUGAAGUAAUUCUGGGCGUACAGGAUAUUUCAUUAGAACUAGACCGGGUAGACACAGAUUACUAUCAGCCUGAGCUAAUCCAAGAGCAAAAUGGCAAGAUUGGUAGCUAUGUGGAAAUGUCUACAAAUGUUAACUCCACAGAGAAGCCUAUUAUGGCUCAGCCCACAAAAAGAGGUGACUUGAGUCACACCCAGACUGUAGGAGCAUUGGUGGUGUUCUUCAGCCUCCGAGUGACUAACAUGAUGUUUUCAGAAGACCUUUUUAAUAAAAACUCUUUGGAAUAUAAAGCCCUGGAACAAAGAUUCCUAGAAUUGCUGGUUCCCUAUCUUGAGUCAAAUCUCUCAGGUUUUCAGAACUUGGAAAUCCUGAACUUCAGAAAUGGCAGCGUUGUGGUGAACAGCCGAAUGAAGUUUGCUAAGUCUGUCCCUCCUAAUGUCAACAAUGCUGUGUACAUGAUUCUGGAAGAUUUUUGCACUACUGCAUACCAAACCAUGAACUUGAAUAUUGAUAAAUACUCCCUGGAUGUGGAAUCAGGUCAUGAUGCCAACCCUUGCAAGUUUCAGGCAUGUAAUGAAUUUUCUGAGUGUUUGGUCAACCCUUGGAGUGGAGAAGCCAAGUGCAGAUGUAACCCUGGGUACCUGAGUGUGGAUGAACUUCCUUGUCAGAGCCUCUGUGACCUACAACCUGAUUUCUGCUUAAAUGAUGGAAAGUGUGACAUUAUGCCUGGGCAUGGGGCCAUUUGUAGAUGCCGGGUGGGUGAGAACUGGUGGUACCGAGGUGAACACUGUGAGGAGUUAGUGUCUGAGCCCUUCGUCAUAGGCAUCACCAUAGCCUCUGUGGUUGGCCUUCUCUUCGUCUUCUCUGUCAUCAUCUUCUUCCUUGUUAGGACACUUCAAGCUCACACUGUUGAGAGAGAACGAGACAGACCUGGCAGGCAGCCUGAUGGCCUGUCAUCUGUUGAGAACGCUGUGAAGAACAACCCUGCAUAUGGAAGUCACAUGGCUGGGUGUGAACAAUAUGAGGAACCUUGUCCUCAGCACCCCUUCUGCGGCUCUGCUCGUCAAGAGGUGAUCGGGGGUUUGAGCAGAGAGGAAAUCAGGCAGAUGUAUGAGAGCAGUGACCUUUCCAAAGAGGAAAUUCAAGAAAGAAUGAGGAUUUUGGAACUGUAUGCCAAUGAUCCUGAGUUUGUGGCUUUUGUGAAAGAACAUCAAAUGGAUGACCUUUAACCUAAAUGCCUGUUUUUGACACCAAUCAGAAGUCUGGAGAAGAUGGAGAAUACUUGUUACCCAUCUUAAUAAUUAACCUGGAUUUUGAGUACUGUUGGAAGAAGAGAUUUUAGUUAAAAAAUAAAUGAAUCUGGGACAUACUUCUUCACCCUAGCUUAAGUUUUUGGGAUGUACCUAAAGUUGUGAACAUUUUUUUUCCUACAAAGACCAAGAGAUAUGGCUAAAAAAAUUCAAAGUGGCUUGAGUUCUGGUUCUAGAAAAUAUUCUAAAAAUAAACAACACAAACAAGCUGACAAAAACAAAAAAAAAUUAAAGCAAAACCAAAAUAGGACAUGAUAUUAGGAUUGCAGGGUGUUUGCUUCUGAACCUCUGAGGGGUCUCAUAAGAAUUAUGCUUUAUGUUUCCAACAGGAAAGUCUGGUGAUAUUACAGAGAGAUGUCAGCCAUAGAAAGCCACUAUUUUUAAGACAUAUUUGCUAAUGUUGAGUGAAAUAAGAAAGCCUUUGAAGUAAUUUUAAUAUAAAAUCAAUUAUUCAUUCAAAAAUGUUACUUUUUGAACAAAGUGCUGAAUUAAGAAACCUUUUGCAGUGUUAUAGAAAUAGUUUCGUAUCUGAUGUUCCUACUAGACUUUUGAAUUUCCUGAGUAUACCAAUCAAGACCACAGUAUUUCUUUGUUAGCUAUCUUUAAGAUUUUGAGUAGUAUAAGUGAAUAAAGUUUAGAUGGUUUCCAGUAGUCUAAAGACAAAUGUAAUCAUGUGGCUAGGGAGAGAGUGAUUAUUAAAUCAAGGCUACAGCACUGAGGAUCUACUUUGCCAAUUAAUUAUGGAUUGGUAGGUUUCUUGAUUGUUUCUGAAAUGGAAAAGUAUGUUGGACAAGUCCAGGAUAUUCUGGCAUCCCUGGCAUAUUAAUUUGGAAAACAGCACUUAACUACCUCACAUAGUGUAGAUGUGUUUGUCUGCAUUGCUUCUCUACGGUGUAAUACCUCCUGUGUACAUUAAUACAUACACAAAACAGCACAAAGCUUUAUUGCAGUUAAAAUAUUCUUAAUAUUUCCAGCUUGAAAAAAUCUGUACCAUAUAUAAGUUUUAACUGAUAGUGGACAUUUUUCCCUCCCCUGCCAGAAUUGUUUUGCAGGAUAGCUUUGGGUGAAAGCUAAAUACUUAUCACAAUUGAUUUUAAAUUCACAGGUAAUGGGUUAUUAGUAAUGUUAGCAUUUUAUGUGAAUGUUUCACAUUUGCAAAAACAGUUCUUUACCUCUUGAUUUUUUUUUUUUUUGACCAGAUGUAAUUAACUUGGGGUAAGAUAGCCAUAAGAUAAAAUACUUGGCUCAUUUACUUUUCUUAAUUUGAUGAUUAAAAGUUUCACUCAUAUGAGGUCAGCACAAACUAAAGGUCUGGACUGGGACAUGGAUCACUAAUACCAGGAAAACCUUGAAAAUAUCCAGGUAUUUUGCAAAGUACAUGUGGGUAACAGGAUCUGUUUAUACACACACAUGCUCCUAUCUCUGUGAAGGUAACUCCUUUAUCUCAGUAUUCUGUUUUAUUAGAGACUCAAUAAUAGGUCCUCAAUUAGUUCAUUAUGAGUAUAAGUUACUAAUGGGACAUAAUCUCCUGAGAUGAUUUGAAAAUUGAGUUAUCUUUAAAGCAUUGUAAGUGUUAAAGAUAUUUGCCACUAGUAAAUGCUUGAUAUUAUUUGUAAAUCUUUGAUAGAUUUCUGCUUAUGAUUUAAAACUUUUAAAUCAAAAUUAUUGUGUUAGAUAAAAAUGUUUCUUUAAAUCACAAAUUAACCUUAGUAAGUAACUCUUUGAGUGCUUACUAGAAGUAUUGUAGGUGGACAGUAGAGGUUGUCUAGAGCAUGCCACCAUGCCAAUCAUGUAGGAAAAGUACUGAGCCAAGGGAGGGCUGUUGUUUUCCAUGAGCCUAGUAGUGAAGUAGAGAUUUGGGAAUUCUGACACAUGUCACUGUCUCUAAUUUCCUCUUGCAUGACCUUUUCAUGAAAGGACAAAUUGUUUAGCCAUAAAUGAAAUCUGCUCCACACUAGUGAGCAAAGGAUUUCUACAGGGAAAAGAACAGGAGGCCUUAGCUUAGAAUAAAGCCUGUUUGCUUUGAGACAGGCUGUUAUAAUGUAGUAUAAACUGGACAUGAACCCACUAUAUAGUUCAGGUUGGCCUUGAUCUUGUGAUAAUCCUCCUAUCUUAGCCUCUUGAGUGCUGAGAUUAUGGGAAUCAGAGCAGAAAUAGACUUUUUAUCUUAUGUCUAAGAUAGCUGGACCAGAGUAGGAAAGAUUGAAGAAUAGUUUCUCCAGAAAAGAUCUGCUGUUCUGUGAGCAGGUAAAGGGUUGAAGAUGCCAUCAGUGAUGAGAAACCACCCACAAAGCUGCUUUUCAAAAGAGCUUUCCCAAGGCAACUUAAUGGCAUAGAGACAUUGAAAAGUCUUAGGCCAAACUCUGUAGGCUACAUGAUUGAGGGAAAAACUGUUCUGCCCAUUGGAAUAUUUCAAUUAGUCUAGUAAAUAAUACUCAACAAGACUAACAUGUUAUUUGAAAACAAUAAGAUGCAGUUAAGCAGUAAAAAUGCAUAGUAAAUAACCUUUCUUUAAAAUAAGGUUCUGAUUCAUAAGGUACUGGAGAGUCUUAUUCAAAGCCUUUGUAAUUAAGUUGCAUGUUUCUUUUAUCAAAGAUUCUAUAUAAAGAGGAAACUGUAAGUAGGACCACACUUUAAGCAUUGAAAUGGCUUAUGGGGAUUUGUUCAUGUUUGUGUGGCUCAAUAUUAUACUUGCAUACUAAAACAGGGGUAGAUUUUACUGAUCUCAUUCUACCUCUGUGGAGUAUCUUCUGCAGUAUCCAGUCAACUUGAGUUGGCUUCCCACCUUGCCUUGAGUUUUUUUUUUCUUUCUUCUUUUGGCCACAUAGUGAACUAUAAUGUAGUUGGAUGACUUUGACUUAAUACUGCCUCUGACAAAAAGAUGGAAACUGUGAAAACUUUCUUGUAGAUUCUAAAAUAUGUUGGUUUAAAUAUGAAACCUAACAUAGUUGCUCAUUUACAUGCUUGUUUUUAUAAGUUUGCCUUCCACUUCAUGAGUUUGUAUGAACUAAUUGCCUAAAAAGAUGCAAUUCUCAUGUUUUCAACAGUGGACACCUUGACACUACUACUUUGCUGAAUUUCCAUUUUUCAAUGGAAAGAGAGGACAGCAUAUUUAUUCUAUAAGAAAAUAGAUGAUUUAUGAGAAUUACUUGUUUAUUAAAUUAUGGUGUUUUAGCCAAGAAAAAACAUGGGUCAGUUUUUCUUCCCUAAAAUGUUUAUAACCAUUUCUUGUAGAAAUGGGUAAGACCAGUCUUAACUAACAACUCAGCUUCAGUGAAUCAGCCCUAGCUCAUUCUAUUCCCAAGUAUGAAAUCAAUGCAGAAAUGAUGUGAAGGUCACUUUUCUCAAGUCUCAUGCAUUGUGUUCCACAAAGGAUUCUGGCUGAAUAUGGGAAGAUAGGAGGGUCUCAUAAUGUAGUUGUUGAUGACAAGAAUUCGCCUGGAAAUUUUCUCAACUUGUAAUUUAUUACUCUCAACUUUGUAAGUGACAGAUGAAACCACUCCCCUCAGGGUAGUAAGUCACUAGCUAAAACAUAGUAGUAAACGUACAGUUACUACUCAGCCUAGACUAAAUGACUCCAAAUCCUGUGUUUUUCUCCCUGGUAUAUUUGAUUACCUCUUUAGAGAUUAAGGAAAUAUGUGGAUAAAAAUAAGCAUGGCA